UAGCCAGAUAAUUGAAGUCCACAUCACCUUCUCCCUCCCCCGACCGCUACGCCGCCCGCCACCGCCGCAGAUCUAGGGUUUCCCCGCUCGACUCCGACCGCCGCUACCGCGACCCCAAGUCCUCCGACGACAACGGAAUGAUGAAGUCUGGAAAGGUCGACGACCGUCCUCCCCGACCCGCUAGGGUUUCUAAUGGGGAGGAGGAAAAUGACCGCAGGACGAGGCGCUCUAGGGCUUCUGACGACGAGAAGGAGGAUGACCGCCGGCGGAGGCGCGCUAGAGCUUCUGACGACGAGAGGUAUGACCGCCGCAGCAAGCGCGGCCCCGGCCGCCACCACCGGGACAGCCGGCGCCGGCGGAGCCCCAGCUCGGAUUCGGGAUCCUCCCCUGAUGACCGCCACAGCCGACACCGCCGUGAUGGGAGCUCGAGGCGGCGGGCUGAGGACCGGGGCAGGGAGGAGCGCCGGACGAGCCCAGAGCGGAAGGAACCGACGCCACCAUUGCCACCGCCACCGCCAUUGCCGGAGAUGAUUCCCGGGCGCACAGGAGGUGUCUACAUCCCGCCUUUCCGCAUGGCACAGAUGUUGCGGGAUGUGGAAGAUAAGGCGAGCCCUGAGUAUCAGCGGCUCACAUGGGACGCUCUCAAGAAGAGCAUCAAUGGUCUGGUUAAUAAGGUGAAUGGCACUAACAUCAAGAAUUUAGUUCCCGAGCUGUUAGCUGAGAACCUGGUUCGUGGGCGUGGACUCUUCUGCCAGUCAUGCAUCAAGUCGCAGAUGGCCUCACCGGGCUUCACAGAUGUGUUCGCUGCGCUUGUCGCAGUUGUGAAUACCAAGUUCCCUGAGAUCGGACGUUUGCUUCUUGUUCGCGUUAUGCUCCAGCUCAAAAGGGCAUAUAAGAGAAAUGACAAGCCCCAAUUGCUUGCAGCAACCAAGUUCAUAGCACACUUGGUUAAUCAGGUAGUUGUGCAUGAGGUCGUGGCACUGGAGCUUCUUGCUGUACUUCUGGAGAAUCCAACUGAUGAUAGCGUCGAGGUGGCAGUGGGGUUUGUGAAGGAAUGUGGAGCAAUACUGCAGGACUUAACUCCUCAAGGACUUCAUGCUAUGUUUGAAAGAUUUCGAGGCAUUCUUCAUGAAGGUGAAAUAGAUAAGCGUGUGCAGUUUCUCAUUGAAGGCCUUUUUGCUAUUAGAAAGGCUAAAUUUCAGGGUUUCCCGGCCAUCCGUCCAGAACUGGAUCUUGUGGAGCAGGAGGACCAAUGUACUCAUGAUAUGUCCUUUGAAACUGAGCUAGACCCUGAGACUAACCUAAAUGUUUUCAGAGUAAACCCGAACUUCGUUGAAGAUGAAAAGGCUUAUGAGAGCCUAAAGAAAAGUAUCCUCGGAGAUGAAAUGGAGGAAGAUGAAGAAGGGUCUGAUGAUGCUUCUGAUGACGAGGAUGAAGAAGAAUCUGAUGAUGAAGAACAGAUGGAGAUAAGAGAUAAAACUGAGACCAAUCUUAUCAACCUUCGGAGAACCAUAUAUUUGACAAUCAUGUCCAGUGUUGAUUUUGAGGAAGCUGGUCACAAGCUUUUAAAGAUUAAACUUGAGCCUGGUCAAGAGAUGGAGCUGAACAUCAUGCUUCUCGAGUGUUGCAGUCAAGAGAGAACUUACCUUCGAUAUUAUGGCUUAUUAGGACAACGGUUUUGCAUGAUCAAUAAAGUUUUUCAAGAGAACUUUGAAAAAUGCUUUGUGCAACAGUAUUCGAUGAUACAUCGUCUCGAAACAAAUAAGUUGAGGAAUGUGGCCAAGUUUUUCGCACAUUUGUUGGGGACUGACGCCCUUCCUUGGCAUGUUUUGGCUUACAUCAGGUUGACAGAGGAAGACACCACAUCGUCUUCCCGAAUUUUUAUAAAGAUUCUUUUCCAGGAACUGUCAGAACAUCUGGGUAUACGCUUACUUAAUGAGAGACUUAAUGAUCCGAACAUGCAAGAUUCCUUCGAGUCAGUCUUCCCGAGAGAUCAUCCGAAGAAUACUAGAUUCUCCAUAAAUUUCUUUACCUCAAUCGGUCUUGGAGGUAUCACAGAGAGCCUGCGCGAGUACCUGAAGAACAUGCCCCGGUUUAUAAUGCAGCAACAGAAGCCUGCGUCAUCUGAGUCGGAAUCAGGUGGAGAAAGCUCUGAUUCAGGAUCUAGUUCCGAGUCAGAAUCAAGCUCCGAUGAGAGUGGCAAGAAACGGAGCAAGAGAAGGAAGAGGAGCUAAGUACAACUUCGCCCGUGCUUACUGGCUGCAACUGUAUCGUCAGUUUUGUUUAGAUCAGCUGCCUAGUUGGAUCAUUGUGUGCGCAUGUGUACUGUCAGAUCUAGCUGUUGUUGCCUGUUACAUUCAGGAAUCAAGCGUAAUCAGAAGUAUUAGACGGCCUUGAUGAUGUGGGGUGACUUGUCAAGGCAACAAAAGCCACUACGAUCAUAAUACAGGCAGUUUUUCUUCAUAAAAUUUUAGACAGUGUGAGUCUUGUAUCUGAAGUUUGUUACUUUACCGGUCUAUAUGUUUGUUACAGCACUGGAUAAUUUGUCUGUUUUAAAGAGGUUCCGAAACUCUUGAUACCUGAAUGGAUAGAUUUUGAUUCUUCGAAA